AUGGAGACCGAGUGCUGGUCGUUUGGCGGCGAGUUUGAGGAUUCGAUGUUUGAGGAGGGGCGCGAGCGGAGGGCUGGGCCGCCGGUGUCCUACAGGGCCAAGCGCUGCGAGCCGCAGUGGUUUUAUGAAGAAACCGGGAGCAGUGAUGACAUUGAAGCUCUGACUGUCCAGAAAUUCAAAGGGGACCUGGCCUACCGACGACAGGAGUAUCAGAAAGCUCUUGAGGAGUAUUCCAGCGUCUCUGAGAAACUGCCGUUUACCAAUUUUGCCAUGAAAAGGGAUGUCCAGGAAGGCCAGGCCCGGUGUCUCACCCGCCUGGGACGGCACGCGGAAGCUCUAGAGAUUGCUGCCACCUUGGAAAAUAAAGCAACCAACACAGACCACCUGACCACGGUGCUGAACCUCCAGUUUGCCAUCUGUUCUCGUUGGCAGAACUUGGAGAAGACAGUCCUCUGCCUGCAGAAGCUGAUUUCUUUGCACCCGUUUAAUCCUUGGCACUGGGGCCAGUUGGCAGAGGCGUACCUGAAUCUGGGGCCAGCUCUCUCGGCACCAUGUGCGUCAUCUCAGAAACGGAACAGUUUCGCCUCAAGUGACAAAACUGUCAAGUCCUCCUCCCCUCACUCAGGAAAAGACUGCGUCUUUCCGGGUUUCCAUGAAGCCCUGCCUGAGAGCUCUGAGUUGGCUGUAGAAGCCGGCAGCAGUGGCAGCCAGCGGAAUGAGAGAGCUCUCCACAAUUCUGAAAACUGUACGUCAGAGAGGAGAGAGGCAGUGUGGACAGAGACUCGGAUGAAAGCAUGUGCUUGUUUCAUAAGAACCCGGCUUCUGCUUCAGCUCACCCAAUCUCAGCAAACAUCAUUUGCUUUGGAGAGAAACUUAAGGACUCAGCAGGAAAUUGAAGAUAAAAUGAAAGGGUUCCGCUUCAAAGAAGAAACUUUGCUGUUGAUUGCUGAGGUUAUGGGAGAAGAUCUCGUUCCAGAAAAAAUAAAAGAGGAAGUUCACACAGGAGUGAAGUGUGUGGGCUCUGCUGCCUUGACCACUUUGGUGAUUGCAUCUUCAAAAGAAUUCGAAGGCCGAUGGUUCAAAAAGAUCAAAGACCGCUGCUGUCCCAUGGAGAACCAGUUCCAUACAGAGAUGCAAAUCUUGGCUCAAUGGUCCAUUUAA